GAUAACUGCUCAUUUGCUGUUAGGUGCUGAUGGUGAGAGAAGACUAACUUGUUAAAUGUUGCCAUUGUUGUUAGGCAGUUUUUCGGAGAACUGCAAGGACAUUUCUAGCCUUUUAAACUAGAAUUAGGCUACAAGUUAGAAGCAUUUCAAGUUUCUUCCAAAAUAAAUUAUAGAACCACAUCAUUUAAAACCAAAGCUGCUAGACAAAGGCUGGAAUGACGACCAUCAAAGUCGUCAAAAUCUGUGAUGCUAUGGAGAGCCGUGGACUGAACCCCCUGGACCACCUUCCACCACCCGCGAGCUCCAACAAGCCUUUAACGCCCUUUAGCAUCACAGAUAUCCUCAGCAAACCGACUGUCAAACGAUUUCACAGGAUUCACCGACUUCCAGCAUCAGAGAGAGCCCUACAGAGCAUCACCGUUUCCAGGCAGCCUCUCAUCACUCAAGCCUCGCCUCUGUGCGCUCUUCAGGAACUGGCGAGCAAAACCUUUAAGGGUCUCGAAUUAGGUGUUCUCCAAGCAGCAGAAGGUAAGGAUGGGCUAAAAUUAUUUGGUCAAAGGGACAGUCCUAAAAAACGCCGAAAAUCCAGGACGGCCUUCACUAACCACCAGUUAUAUGAACUAGAGAAAAGAUUUCUCCAUCAAAAAUACUUAUCACCUGCCGACAGAGACCAAAUUGCCCAUCAGCUAGGACUUACAAACGCGCAGGUCAUAACCUGGUUCCAGAAUCGACGGGCGAAAUUAAAACGAGACCUCGAGGAGAUGAAAGCGGACGUGGAGUCUGUUAGAUCCACAGGUUUAGUCCCUCUGGAUAAACUCGCUAAGCUGGCUGAUCUGGAGAGGUGUGCGGCCGCUGGAGCCACGGGGAACCCGGGGCCCCAGUGCUCACCACGGCUGGGUCACGAGUACAAGACUGCGCACAAAUUAUGUCUGUCCCCCAUGUCGUCUCUCUCAGACCACACAAGUCAAUACUUCUCCGAAGACGAAGAUGUGGAAAUAGACGUCGAUGUCUGAUUUAAAACCACUGUGUAGCCUGAAAUUGAGACGCAUAUUUUCAUACGUUGUGAUAAUAAUAUGAACGCAUGCACAUAACCCUCUUUAGAGAAGCUGAUUUAGUUUAAUUUAUAGCCAGACUAUGCAAGUACAUCUCCUUUAAUAGUUCGACACAUUGAGUGACCUAGCAGCUGUAUAUUUUAUAUUUAUAAUAUAUUGUACAUAAUGUGGCUUUAAAGAGUUAAAGAAUAUUGAACAUGAACCAGGGCAACAAACAGAGCAAUACAACCUUUUAUUGAAGAUAACUAUUUUUACAGGUGUAUUUAUUACAUAUACGUU